AUGGCGGCGGAAAAACGUGAAUCUUCUCGUGUUAGAGAGGUGCAGCAGAAGCGUGUGUUGGAUGAGGCUGCAAGAAGACGUCGCGCUCGUAAAGCACUUGAGGCACUGGAGCAGGACAAUUUCCAAGAUGACCCUCACGCUGACCUCAAGAUGAGCAAGAAGGCUCCAAGGUUUGAGGAGUCCAUGGAAAUCGGGUCAUCUGCCAGCUCUGCUGCGAAGAAGAAAAGGCGUUCACGAGGGGAAUACAUCAAACAGAGGCUGAAGAAAAACUUUUCUGCUCUCAUAGAAGAGGAGCAAAUGGGAGUUCGUGAAGCGCCUAACUACAUGUCUGCCUGUACGCCGCAAUCACCAUUUCCCGAGAGACAUUUCUGUGCUGUCUGUGGUUUUCCAUCCAAUUAUACAUGUGUACAGUGUGGCACAAGGUACUGCAGUGUCAGGUGUCUGGGGACACACAGGGAUACCAGAUGUUUAAAGUGGACAGCAUGAUGUAUCCACUCUGCAGAAUCUGAGAUCAGCAGACCACACCCAUGGUGGUCACAUGACCUGAUAGUCACAGACGAGCUGGGUUGAUCCAGAAAUGGACGCAUGAUAGAGAGAGUAGGUUGUCGACCAAACAGAAGGGACUUGCACAAGGCUCAGAAGAACUGUGUUUUACAUUCUCUGAAAAAUGUUCCUGACAGGAGUGCAAGGAACUUUUCAAGGCAUUUUCCAUUCCAUGAAGCUUUGGGUGAAGCCAGUUGUACAAGAAAAGUUAUGCUGUAAAAAGUUGCCAUUCUGUCAGUCAUGAGGUAUUUUCAAUUCUGUGAUGUCUCAGAUUGGAAACUGGAUAAUUUGUUGAUUAUGUUGCAAGUUCUACAGUGGGUACAAUGGGUCACAGCUGGAACAGAGGCAUUUCCUGUUUCAUAAUGUCUCAGAAUGGGCACCAGAUAAUUUGUUUGAUGAUGUUACCAGUUGUACAGUGAGUACAACGGGUCACAGCUGGAACAAAGGCAUUUCCUGUUUCUUGAUAUCUCAGAAUGAGCACCAGAUAAUUUG